GGGGAGCGGGCCACGUCCCCAUUGGGGGGAGCGGGCCGGCCACGUCCCCAUUGGGGGGCGCGGGCUCUAUCAAUCUCAGUCAGAUGCUGGGGAAUGACAUCAAGUAUCAGGUGCGAGAGCCUGUUGGUCUAAGGCUCUGGAUCGCCAUCUCUGCGUUUGCCUUCACAGUUAUGGCCUUGAUGGCCCUGGUGUGUCCCAACCAGCUCUAUGAGGUGGUGUUUGAAGAGGAGAUCAGCAACACCAGCAUCUCCAUCAGGCUCUAUGGAGGAGCACUACUCAGUCUGUCCCUCAUCUUGUGGAAUGGAGUGUAUACACAGGAGAAGGUCAUCAUUCAAUGGAUUAAACUAUAACCCAUGACCUCUGACCCCCCCAGGUC